AUGACUUCACCUCAAACUAACAACCCGGCGUCGAACAGCAACACGGCCGCUUCGGCACCGUCAUACGCUUCUGCUGCUGGUGCAAAGACGUCGACGCCUGUGGUUGCCACUGGCUCGAAUCCUCCCAUCGUUGCUCCUGGCUCAUCCGCUUCUGCCCCGCGCCAUGCCAAAUCGUCUUCAAUCUCGCCUAUGAACGGCCGACCCAACAUUAUGCCCGCUAUUCCUAACGUCCCUCCUGUAGCACACGGCACAUUGAACGCGAACGGACUGGCCGACCACAGCCGAAAGAGUUCGGUUACUAUGAGCGCGAACGGACCUAACAGCUAUUCAACUAACGGAGGCACUGCAGGAGGCAAGGCCAAUAUCCAAUUUGGAUACCAGUCACCUGCCGUAUCUACUAGCGACCCUAAGCUAGGAUCUGCUCCUAUCCCUAUCCCCGACAGCAACCCGCGUGUCACCUCUCCCCAGAAUUCACCGUCUCCUAUCCCGCAGCCUUCUGCUAGCGGCGGACGACCUCCUUCUGGAACUGCCCAACAGGGUAUGACUUUUGGUAGUUUUGGUGGCGAGAGCGAUCGUCCUCACACACGAGCGACAUCCGUAUCUCAGGACCCCGGCUCUUUAGCCUCUCAGCACUCGCCUCAUAUGAGACGUGGAUCGAACGUGAGCGAUAUGAGUAACCAGGCAGGACCACCCCACAUGGGGCGAGGAGGCAACUUCCAGUCUGCUGGUCGUGGCCGAGGAUUCUCGAACAACUCGUACAAUCAGCCUAUGGGAUACCCUCCGAACCACUACAACCGAGCCCCUCAGAACCCGGGACGAGGCGGAAUGCCUCCCGCAUUCGGAAACCCUCGCCAGCAGCAGUAUGGCACUCCUCCGCCACACAACCGAAGCCCGGCACUUCCUCCGGCGAUGCCGCAUCCUCCCAACAUGGCCCCUACCGGCAUGCCUCAAUUCUAUUAUCCACCUCCGCCCCUCGGGCCUCAGCAAGUACCACAAGUAAAGCACCCCUCCCCCAUGUUAUCCCUUAACCAUGACCGGUCGUACCUCAAAGUUGGCAAGAGAAAGGGAAACCGUCGUGAGUCUGAGAAAUUCUCGAAUCAGCAUCGGCGAACGGACUCUUUCAACAAUGAGCAGCAAGACUUUGGUCAAAAAAACCGACGCUAUAGUAAGCGCCUGGAUCAGAGAUUUGUUAUGGAAGGUUCACGACGUCGUGGUCCGGCCCAGUUCGACAGAACGGAAACGUCACACGUUGCGGACACUCCAACGAUUCCUCUGCAGCAGCAGCCUUUUCCUAUUGUCUCCUCGUUUCCAUCGAACUCUACUGGACGCAUAGAUCUGUCGCCAGAGAGCGGUAACUUUGACCGAUUGCUAACCACAACUCAGCAGGGAUAUUAUCCUCAACAGUUUGAUCCUAACAUGCGGCCUGGCAUGCAUGUGCCUGGAUAUCCAGUAUAUCCAAUCAUGAACCAAGGUCAAUCUCCUGUACCAGCAUAUCAGCAGCCCUACACCGCAGGUCCCUACAACCCUCCCGGGGCCCAACCUAUGUCUCGUAACUCCUCGCAGGUAUCCACAGAACACCGACCCGCAUCGAGCACCGGCCAGAGUCAGGCGCCAGCUGUUGCCCAAGGCACCCCACAGCCCCAGCCUGCACAGAUCAAGCCUGCAGUCGUGGCAUCUCCUCAAUUCAACCGUCCACCUAAAAAGAACAUGGCAAUCAAAAUCAAGAACGCAAUGGGCGAGACCGUUGAUGUUAGUAGCCUUAAAGUACCCGCCUCGCCUGCACCUAGCAGCCAACAAUCCAAAACUCCCCCAGUCAUCGCCUCUACACCUACACCUCCCCCGAAAGCGACAACGCCAAAGCUUUCCACACCCGCACAGCAUUCACGCGCCGACAGCGUGAGCAACUCCAAGACGGCUGAAGAAGUCAGGAACGAGUUCAAGGAGAAGAUGAAACAAGCCGCGAGCGCCGAUAAAGCCAAAGAGGAGGAGAUGGCCAAGGCGGCUGCCGCUGAGAAGGCUAAAGAAGAGGAGCGAUUGAAGGCAGAAGAGAAGGCUGCUGAGGAGGCUAAGGCGGCUGAAGAAGCAAAGGCACGUCAAGAGGCCGAGGAGAAAGAGAAGGCCGAACGCGAAGCUGCGGAGGCGGCCUCAAAGAAAGAAGAGAAGAAGGAGGAACCUUCCAAGGCUUCUGACGAGCCCGACGAAGAGGAACUCGAGCGAAUCAUCCGCGAGAUGGAGGAGGAAGACGCGAGACGUGAGAAAGAGGAAGCAGAGCGCGCCGUUAAGUACGAGGCUGAGAAGGCCGCCAAGAAGAAGGCCGAGGAGGCGACUCGAUUGGCGAACGCCGCUGAGAACGAUCGCAAACUCCGCGAAGCUGAAGCAGAGAUGGAGCGGCUCGAAGAUGAAAAGGAGCGUAAACGUGCUGCUGAAGGCUCUAAGGCGCCAUCGGUUCAGGAGCUCAUGAAGCCGUCAACCGGCAAGUCUGCAGACAAGACUGACGCUCCAUCAGCAGGCGAGACCGCCUCGAAAUUGGCCAACCUGUCUCUCACCGAUAAACCCUCUACUGGUGCAGCCGGUAAAUCUACUCAAGGUGGACGUGGCCCUAAGCCAGCUGCUCUUAACCUCGCACCUCUCAAUACCAAGUCGGUUGAGCCUCCUCAACCUAGCGCCGCAUUACAAUCGCUCAAAACAGCGAGACUCUUGGGCUCUAGUUCUAUUAAGGCGGAUCUGUAUCCUCCGGGAAUUCAGUCACCUAACCCGGCUCUGAACGCGGCGGUCGCUAGAAAAGGCACUUCGUUCAAGUACGACUCUGCCUUCUUAAUGCAAUUCCAGAAAGUGUUCACGGAGCAACCUUCCCUUGACUUCGGUCAACAGGUCAAGACCCUUAUCGGCGACGGCGACAGCAACCGAUCUGCGUCUGCUCGAACGCCUGCCGGCCUCUCUAACCGACAGAACUCUAGGACUGGCGCCCCUGGUGGCAUGGCCGGAUUUGGCAGCUUUGCCGCUCCUAUCGGUCGGACAUUACCACCCGGAACUACGUCCGCACAGCGGUUCGAGAUGAGCAGCGACAGUAAGGGACGACCUGCUAUCAAUCCGAUGGCCAGCUUCCAGCGACCCGGCGGUGUAUUCCCAGGCGGCAGCCAGAUGGCUCGAACACCGUCCAGCUCUAAUAUGAGCAUGCCGCAUUCUCCACGACAAGGAAGCCGUCGGAAUGCGAGCAAGCAGAAUACCUUUAAUAAUCCUAAGCAUGAAGCUCAGGCCGCAAAGACUAUGCCGCUUACGCAGGGUAUGAAGAUUGAGGCCCUAAACGUUUCAUCGACAGGCUGGAAGCCUACCAGCAUCGGCAAGGGCGCCGCAGCAAGUGGCCCACCUCCAAACACCCUCCUUGACCCGUCCAUGGUGCAGCGUAAGGUGAAGGCAGCUUUGAACAAGAUGGCCCCCGAGAAGUUCGACAGGAUUUCCGACCAGAUUCUCCAGAUCGCCGCGCAGUCUAAGGACGAGACUGACGGCAGAACCCUCCGCCAGGUCAUCCAGCUUACUUUCGAGAAGGCUACCGACGAGGCUCACUGGGCAUCUAUGUAUGCCAAAUUCUGCAAGCGAAUGCUAGAGAUGAUGAGUCCGGAGAUCCGGGACGAGAAUAUAAAGGACAAGAACGGACAGGUCGUCAAUGGCGGUGCAUUAUUCCGAAAGUACCUGCUCAACCGAUGCCAAGAAGAAUUUGAGCGCGGCUGGAAGAUGAACCUCCCAGACGCACCAGAAGAAGAUGGAAAACCGAAGUCUCAGGAGGCUGUCAUGCUCUCCGAGGAGUACUAUGCCGCCGCUGCCGCCAAGCGUCGUGGGCUCGGACUGGUACAGUUCAUCGGUGAACUGUACAAACUUGGCAUGCUCACUGAGCGUAUUAUGCAUGAAUGUGUUAGGAAGCUGGUCGACUACCAAGGCGUACCCGACGAGGCCGAGAUCGAGUCUCUCUCCAAGUUACUUCGAACUAUCGGAGGCAACCUGGACAGCACCGAAAAGGGCAAGGUCAUGAUGGACGCCUACUUCGUUAGGAUCCAGAACAUGGUCGAUCUGCCUGAACUCCCUAGUCGUCUGAAGUUCAUGCUCAUGGACGUUAUCGAUUUGAGAAGAGCUAACUGGAUUUCCAAAGAGACCAACAAGGGCCCUAAGACUCUCGAAGAAGUUCGUGCUGAAGCUGAGGCCCAAGCAGCGCAGAAAGCUGCCGAGGCCGCGCGCACUACUACCAGAGGUGGCCCUGGUCGUCCACAAAUCGGCCGUGGCGACGCCAGGAACUUUUCCGGCUAUGCUCAGCAAGCCCAGAACCAAGUCGGUAUGGACGACCUGCGUCGUCUGAAGGGUGGUGCGAACCGUACUUCGAGCUCGAACGUCACCCUAGGUCCCAUGUCGAUGCUUAAUUCUCGUAGCAACAGCGGCCGACGUUUGGGCCCUGGUGGCUCUCUGAGUAGAGGAGCCGAAGACUCUGGAGCCUCCUCCAGAACCGGCACUCCUCCUGUAAGGGAAACGCAAAGCAGUAUCAACUCCUUCAGUCUACUUGCCAACAUGGAUUCGGAGAAUCCCGCGUCACCGCCAUCUACAGCGGCGUCUCCGGCUCUUGCAAAAGUUGUCCCGGACACUACCCCUGCAUCCGAGAAGGGUGGCAACUAA